ACCCCAUGAAGGAUUAGCACAAUAUUAUUCUCUAAAACUUGUUUUUUUUUUUUUUUUUCCCCUUCUCUCUCUAGGGAUCGCUUACUAUAUAAAUAUAUAUUUAGGGCUCUAUAUAUAUGUAGUCGUACGGGUUCUCAAAAGAUCUGAGGAGCAGAAAGCUUACCCUAAAGAGGAAGAAGAAGAUCAUAUAAGGAUAGUACAAGGUUUAGUGGAUUAAUAUUGAAUUUGGAAAGAGGAAUAUUAAUAGAUCAUAAUAUAAAUUUAGGUAGCUAGAGAAUAUGGGAAGGGGUAAGGUGGAGCUGAAGAGAAUUGAGAAUAAGAUAAACCGGCAAGUCACUUUUGCAAAGAGAAGGAAUGGGCUUCUGAAGAAGGCUUAUGAGCUCUCGGUUCUUUGCGACGCUGAGGUUGGACUUAUCAUUUUCUCCAAUCGUGGCAAGCUCUAUGAGUUCUGCAGUGGCCCUAGCAUGGCCAAGACGAUUGAGAGGUAUGAAAGUUACAGUUAUGGAGCACAAGAAGGGAAACAACCUGGAAAGGAUUCACAGCAGAGCAGCUACCAAGAAUAUUUGAGGCUGAAAGCAAAAGUUGAGGUCCUACGACGUACGCAGAGGCAUCUUCUUGGGGAGGAUUUGGAGCAAUUGGGACUAAAAGAGCUCGGACAACUUGAGACCAAAUUGGACAUGUCAUUGAAGCAAAUUAGGUCGACAAAGACCAAAUCUAUGCUGGAGGACCUCUCUAAUCUUCGUAAGAAGGAAGAAUCACUGCUGGAAGCAAACAAUGAACUGCAAAGGAAGUUGGAAGCAAUGGGUGCAAAUGAAGCCAGGGAGCACAAUAAUAUUGCAUACACCCACCACCAAUCUCAGCCUAUGGCGUUCAGCUUUGAGCCUUUACCAUGCAAUAAUAAUGCACUGCAGAUAGGGAACUAUAGUCUUAAUUCUUCAGUUAGAGAAGAGGUUAAUGUGGAAGGUGGCACAGUGCAAAAUUUAAUGGCUUCUUCUCUGGAUGGUUGCUUUGAUCUUUAAAAACGCACGUCAUUGUGAUCAAUAUCUCUUAUGUAUAAUUAGUAUUUUGUCGCCUGAAAAAUUUGAAGAGAAUAAAACUCUUCUUAAUUAUAAUUACUAGUGUGAUAUUUGCUAGUGGCUGAAUUAAAACAUUUGAUUUAUAUUCCAGCUUGAAACUUUGGUAAUAGUGCGAGUAAUAAAGCCAGUACGUGCUAGACUAGUACGUACGUAUCUU